UCGAACCCAAAGUUCCCACAGUUUGCGUUCCUGCAAUGUGCACCUGGCUUUUCUGCCUCACUAUAAAACCCACAUCGCCUAUGGCGGAUGCUUCAUUCCAACUCGAACAGUCGACUUGAACGUACGACCCGUUAAGUGUUUAGUUUUCUUUUAUUUCGUCAAUCAGUGUCGAGUUUUACGUGCGCUCUAAUCAUGUCCAGUGUGGGUGUUUACGAGUAUGCAUCAGUGGUGCAGCAUCGCAAUCUUCAACAGUCCCUGGACAGCAAGCCGAUGUCCAAGACCAUGCAGUACCGCAAGGUGAUGAAGCCUUUGCUGGAAAGGAAACGUCGGGCUCGCAUCAACCGGUGCCUGGACGAGCUCAAGGAGCUGAUGAUCUCCGCCUUGGCCAUGGACGAGGAGAACGUCACCAAGCUGGAGAAAGCCGACAUCUUGGAGAUCACCGUGGCGCAUCUUCAGAAGCUCAAGCGCCAGAAAAGCCUCUUCUCCACUCCCAGCGUGGACACCGAUCGGUUCCGAGCCGGCUUCACCAACUGCGCCAAAGAAGUCUCCAGAGUUCUGGCUUCCACUCCCGGAGUGAACAUUCAUUUGGGCACCAAGCUCAUGACCUACUUGGGACAUCAACUCAAUGAGCUGGACAGCUUCGCAGCGACUCAUCCAGAGCCUUUAAUGGUAAGAGUGGGCCCCUCAAGCGACUCAAGCGAUGAAGCCUACAACCUGCCAAUGAGUCCGCCUUCUUCCAGAGGCUCACCCUCACCCAUCAACGUCACAGACACUGAUAAGGUUUGGAGGCCGUGGUGAAUCGAGCUCAGUUUCUUUCUCUAUUAAGUUUCCGUUUGCAAUUUAUGAUUCGUUUUGGGUCUCAGUAUUUCCAUUGAAUGCGCUGUUUGAAGCUUUAAUUAACGCUAAGUUAUCUGUGAUAUAGCUUUAAGUACUCCAGGAAAUGAUUGUUGUAUUGGUACAAAAUACAAGUUUGUAUGCACUGUGAUAGUAGUAGGUAGUCGAGCGAAAUGGUUUAUUGAAUAUAAAACAACUUGAAUAUGAAA